AUGCUCCUUGUACCUUCACUCAUUUCCCCCACUUUGACUACUGCUUUGUGUAUUCGAGGACAGAUUGAAGCGAACCAUGCAUUGCUCCCUAUGAUUUGUCUUCUGUACAUGGAGGAGGCAUUGCGUGCCCCACUUCUACGACGAGUAAAAGCGGAUCUUCACCUCCUCCCCGCUCCUAUCGGAUGGUUACUAAUUACAGGGCCCCGGGGUAUUCACUUCGACUCCUGGACAUCGGGAGGCCAUGCACCGCCGAUGGUCGCCUGGGACAAGAACCAGGAUGUACCGCAAUAA